AUGAGUUUCCCCACAACCCCACGAAUCAACAGCGGUCUUCUCGGCGACUUCUAUGGAAAGACGGUGCGAAUCAUCGGCAAGGUCGAGUCUCAGGACGGCGAGAUCGUCAACCUGGAUGCCAACGGGCCCGUCAAGGUCAAGUCUGACGGCUCCGAUUACGUGGUUGGCCACUUCUACGAGGUUGUUGGCAAGGUGGAGGGAAGCGAUCAGAUUGUUGGUCUGACCGCCACCGAUUUCGGAGAGAACAUCAACCCCGAGCAGGUGAAAAAGCUGGUUGGAUACUGCCAGAAGUUUCCCUCUGUUUUCGGUGAGGCAUAG